GGUAGAUGUUCCAAGAAAUGUUCUCUGGUUAGGUCGUUUAUGUUCUUUGGGGGAGCGGCUGAAUUGGCUUUGGAAGCGUGGCUGUAACUCUUGGGACGCGUGGAUUUGAACGUGUUAAUGUUAGCUGGCGAUGUCGGCAUUGCUUUAGGAGAAACGCGCGUACAAACAUUUAGCAGUCUUUGAAUCAGUUGUUUGCCAUGAUUUCACAAGAUGUUUAUACCAUUCCGAAUUUGAACAAAGAGCCGGACAACUUUUUCACUUACACCGAUGGAGCUCGGUUGCGAAAAACACCUGUUGUCAUUGAUAAUGGUUCUUACGAGUGCCGAGUUGGCUGGGCAUCUGAUGAAGCACCGCGAAUGAUAUUUAAAAACAUAACAGCGAAACAAAGAGGCAAGAAGGAAAGUGAGGUGCAAGUUGGAAACGACAUUGCGAACGUCGAGGCCGUUCGAUGGCUUCUGAAGACCCAGUUCGACCGAAACGUUGUGACACAUUUUGACAUACAGGAGCAUAUCUUUGACCACAUAUUCAGCCACCUUGGCAUCCCGACAGAAAAUAGGGUUGACCAUCCCAUCGUAUUGACAGAGGUUAUUGGCAACCCUAGUUACUACCGUCAGAAUAUGUCAGAACUGCUUUUCGAACAUUAUCAUGUGCCCCAAGUACUCUAUGGUAUUGAUGCAUUGUUCAGCCUGCACCACAACUGCUCCAAGAAAUCAGAGAAUGCAAUGGUGUUGUCUUUUGGACAUCACACAACACACAUCAUCCCUGUACUGAAUGGACGAGUUGACAUUGAGAACGCCAAAAGAAUAAGUCUAGGUGGAAACAACAUAACAACAUACUUACAGCGGCUCCUGCAGUUGAAGCACCCACAUCUGACAGCUGCUGUGACAUUGAGCAGGGCUGAGCACUUGGUUCAUCAGCACUGUUACAUCGCAGAGAAUUACGCUGAUGAACUGGAAAAGUGGGCUGGUGUCGACUAUUUUGAUGAGCACUGUCGACAAGUUCAGCUUCCAUACAACAUGACAUCCAGUGGUUCUGUUGGUUCUGGAGUUGGUAAAAUGGACAUCUGCUUCAACAUUGUAAAAAGAGUACAGGAGUCCAUAGCCAAGAAGAAACAGGACACGCUUGCAGAUGAUGAAGAAAAGUUGCAGCAACUGAUUAGUAUUCAGGAGCUGUUGGAAUAUGAAGAUGAGGCGACAUUUCAGAGCACAUUGCAAGAGUUGGGAUUUUCCAGCAUUGAAGAGCUCAGCUUGGUCAUCAACGAGUUACGGCGACAAGUCCAGCAAGUGAAGAAUACCCUUGCCAGUGGGAAUAAUGCAGACCCCGAUCUCGCGGAGAGUGCAUUGAAGCGAUCUUGCUCGGAUCUAGAUCCUCGUUUCUUCACGGAACCUGAUGCAUGGAUAUCGGCUGUUAGAAAGAGAAGGGAGGAACUGAAAGAAAAGAAGAUGCUGCAACAGCAAAGGUUUCUGGAGCGAGCACACAAUGCUGGUCAAAAAGGAAAAUCAAAAAAGAGGGAGUCCCAGUUUUCGGACAGUGAGCUUGAUGAUGCAGAUUAUGCAGAGGAAGGAGAAGAGAUGGAGGAGAUUAUUGCAGAGUUUGAAAGAGAGUUCAAAAAAAAACAACUCGGUGCUGAUCAAGUAGGUACAAGUAUUGCUGAAUAUUACCAACUUCAACUAGGAACCGAAAGGAUCAGGGCUCCGGAGAUUCUUUUUCAGCCAAGCAUAAUUGGUGUUGAGCAGGCAGGUGUUGCCGAGACCUUGGAGUUUGUGUUCUCCAGAUACACUAAAGAACAGCAGUCUUUCCUGGCUCAGAAUGUGUUUGUGACGGGCAGCCCAGCACAGCUUCCUGGUGUUCGUGAACGUUUGUGUGCAGAACUUCUGGCCAUGCGUCCCUUUCAGUCACUCUUCUCAGUAACAUUAGCAAAAAACCCUGCUUCAGAUAGCUGGAGAGGUGCGAGGCAGUGUGCUAUGCAAAGAGAUUUCCUCAGCAAGUUCGCUAUCAAGAGGGCUGAGUAUGAAGAGAAAGGUCCAGACUACCUGAAGGAGCAUUGCUAUUCUAAUGUGUUAAGCUCAUCCAUUUUGUCAUCACCUGCAAAGCCUUUGACAUUGCAGUCUAACACAUUGUGAUAGACAUUACUGUUUUGUGCAAGAGGGAAGAAG